AACCCGGGGACCUGCUGCCGCCGCGUGCCCCUGUGGGGCCCCCUGCGAACGGCGCCUUCCCUCGCCCCCUGCCCACGGGCGGCGCGGUGGAGCUGGGUGCAGACCUGGCCCGCCCCUGGAGCGGCACAGCCAGUUAAGGGGACACCAUGACUGGGGAAGAUUUGCUCAAAGACACUACCAGCGUCAAGCCGGAACUGGUCUUACAGCACUGUUUUAAACAAUACAGACUCAGAGAUUUGUAUCCAAAGUUUUUCUUUAAAGUGAAACCAAGUACAUUUGGGCCACCCAAAUCCAGACGACGCAUUAUUAUCGCACCUCUGAUGGUAAAACCAGCUUCUGCUGGUUCAAAACCCAUUCAGACCACUGCCAUCGAUGAAAAGGAGGAAGCCAUUGCCUGGCAAGUACACGCUGAAGUAGAAAGCUGUCCCCGCACGCCAGAAGAACCUUCAGAGGCAGAUGAUCUACCAAAGCUGGAAGCUUGGAUAAUGGAAAGGAGAAAGCUACGGUCUCAAUUGGAUAGCCUUGUGGAUGUUGAAAAAUGUCUACGUCAAAAACUUUGUACCACUGAGCAAGAAGAUAGAGUCCUGGAAAACUUACAAGACUGCAGAGCAGUGAGGAAGGCUAAAAGGCAGUUAGCUGCGACCAGAAAUCUUGAAGCCAAAGUCCCUAUCAGCGACAAUGACCUUGAAGACGUGAUCAUCUUCCUUAAUUCUUCAAAACGUGGGAAUUUUAUAACCAGUGACGAUCUGGUUGAAUGUCAAAAUGUAUGGCUGGACACAAUGAGAGAUCAGACGAAACAACCUGGGGAGGCAAAAACUGCAUGUCCCCGACUUCACACCCAAAAAGCUCUUUCUAAAACUGUUAGUCGUCCAGCAUCUGCUGCUGGCAAAACCAAAGAGACACAGCCACUUGCUCCUAGUGAACCUGGAGCAAAAUUAACACUGUUAGAAGUUCCUCUUAUCCACACCAAGCCAAAUCAGAGACUUCUAAGCUAUGAGGAAAUGGAGGAGAUUGGGAAGAGAUGCAGAGAGAGGAAACGAUGGGAGAAGGCGAAGGUCGACCCAAUACAAUGGCUGGAAUGCUGUCGGCUGGUGAGAUCUGGAAACAAGGCCAUUGAUGAACAUUGCUUGCCAUCUACGAUGGAUAGUGAAAUGGGGGAAAUAAUUGAUCAGCAUCGAAGGACCUGCUACAUGGUCUAUCUGCAGUGUCUCAAAUUAUGCAAAGAAUAUAACAUUCCACUUGCCGAAAAGGUCCUUGAAAAAGCCCUGCUGUACCCAGGAGACAAAAUAAUAAAAGAAGGAGCAUACGUGCAGAAGAUCAGACAGCCGGGGGGUCCCUACACAACAAUGGAUGGGAGUCACCACCAAAGACGACUGCUUUUAAGCAAACAAGGAUUAAGAAAUGCAUUAAAAGGGGAUGCCAAAAAUGGAAUGCAUGGAAAGCGGAAGGCACACAGAGGCAACUGGAUGUCAUUUGAGGAUUACGAACAGUUAACAAGACGUCUGCAUGUGAAGUGGUCCAAUCUGAGCUACAAGUCUCAUGACAAUAACUUCUGGCCAGGUCACCUUCUGGACAAGCUGCGUAUUUAUCUCCCACAGAUAGAGCCUAAUCAGGAGCAUGCCCUGUUCAGCUAUGUUCGUCCAACACCACCUGUCUAUCCUGGCAUCUACAACCCACACCGCAGCUGGCCAAUCAGUGACCAGGGAUACGUGACCUAUGGAAAUACUGAGACUCAAAAGUAUUGAUGUUGUCUGGGACAGUAAUACUAUGCAUAAUGAAAGCUUUGUGAUCCGCAGUCACCUCCAUGGACUUAGGCCACCAUCAUAAGCAAAAUAAAGCUAUCAAAGCUAUAAAAGUAUGCAUUCCCAAAGUUAUGGGGGACUUGAUAGACAAUGAAAUACAGGGCAGUUCACUUCUAGAUUGGCAAGUUUCUGUUCCUUGUGACUCAUAACACAAGACUUGGGGAUAUUCAAUUAAACUGAAAGGUGGCAAAUUCAAAACUUAUAAUAAUAUUAGACUGUGGAACUUAUCACCACAAGACGUUGUUGAGGCUAAGAAUUUAGUAAGAUUCAAAAAGGGAUGGAGCAUUCAUAAAAACAACAAGAAUAACUAGACUUAUAAUAGUUAAUGCUAAAUAAAAAUUCUGGGAGAGAUAUUAACCUCAUGCUUCAAGACAAAAAACAAAUUCUAACUAUUAAGGAUCAGGAUAAAACCUAAUUUGGGGGUCAGAUUAUUCCACAUCCAUCUACUGUAGAGUUUCUUGCACUUUCCACUGAAGCAUCUGGUAGUAGCCACUGUCCAAGACAGGAUAUUACACUCAGAUCUGAUUGAAUCUGGCAAUUCCUCUGUUCUUGUGAUUCAAAUCCAGCUCUUUGGUGACCCAUGUAAAAUGCACUUGGCAAGUCUCAGUCUAGUUUCCACCAGCAGAUAGGUCCAAGUCAUAAAAAAUGCCAUCACAACUAGCCCCACUUAUUGGCAGCCUUGAGAUGGAAGAGUGAGUGGACCACGAUGGUGACUAAACUAACCUGUCACACCCGUAGAGGUCAGGGUCAAGGCACAUGGGUGUGGAAGGGCAGGAGAAACUUGCCUUCCUGCUGCCCACUCUGUACCUGUGCAGAAGGAUUUCGGUUUCCAUGAUAAAAAUGUCUCGAUGGACCAACACUUGAAACCUGCUAAUUCUCACACAGCUUGAGGACACUAGACUAUGAGAGAAGGAACACUGGUUGUUGGGACACUGGUCUUAUCCCGGCCCCUUUGAGAGCAGGAUGGGAUCUUUAACUGCCACCUGCUCAGCCAGAGAUAGGGGUAGUGACCCCAAUUUAAUUUAACAGGCUGAUGAAAGAUUUAAAUAUAAAUAUAGAUAUAAAUAAAUAAAUGUGCCUUUCUUCUUCCCUUGCUCACCCUGCCUCUGCAACAACAACAGGAAAAAAAAAAAAAAGCAAAUCCCAUAGGGAAGGAAAGUUUAUUUUAAAACAUUUUUCAACAGCAGGUUCUGACGCAGAGUUUUCACACUAUAUGGAAUGCAUGUUUUAGCAAUUCAUUUUGAGCUGUAUCUUAUUUCUUCAAAACACCGUACAUGUAGCAGCCAAAUGGAAUUUAUGGAGAUCUCUCAGUAACAUGGAUUAUGGUUAUUUAGCUAUGCUGUAUAAAAUUUAACCAGACAGUUCCAGGGAUAAAGAUCUUUCCUUGAAAAUAUUUAUGAACAGGCUAGUUAGUAAAUAGAAAAAAACUUUAGAACACUGAAUGUUAUGCACCUCACAGUACUGUGAAUAGCUGGUGUCAAUCAGAAAAGUGUAGUUACAAAAAUGCCUCAAAAAUAAAGAUCAAGGUUGUUUUUU